AUGGCGUUCACGUGAGGGCGGCGGCAGCGCUGCGCUCACCCUGCCGCUGCCCGGGGAGCAGGCGCCGGCGGGUCCCGGGGCUGCCCGCGCCAUGCCGACCAGCUUCACGGUGGUGCCGGUGGAGGCGCAGGGCGAGGAGCGAGAUGGGCGGCAUCAGGAGGAAGAGCAGGAAGAGGACGAGAAGGAGCGGGGCUCCGGAGAUGGAGUCGCCAGGGAAAGUAGUCCCUUCAUCAACAGUGCGGAGGUGGACAGAGGGAACAUGUAUGAAGGGAAGAAUAUGGCUCUCUUUGAGGAAGAAAUGGAUAGCAAUCCCAUGGUGUCCUCUCUCCUCAAUAAACUAGCCAACUACACUAACCUGACUCAAGGUGUGGUGGAACAUGAAGCGGACGAAGACAGCAAACGAAAGGAAGUGAAGGUUCCACGCAUGGGCACUUGUAUUGGUGUGUACUUGCCCUGCUUGCAGAACAUCCUGGGAGUCAUCCUUUUCCUGCGCUUGACGUGGAUCGUGGGGACAGCUGGAGUGCUCGAGUCCUUCCUCAUCGUCUUCAUGUGCUGUGCUUGUACCAUGCUGACUGCCAUUUCCAUGAGUGCAAUAGCCACAAACGGCGUAGUUCCAGCUGGAGGCUCUUACUACAUGAUUUCAAGAUCUUUAGGGCCAGAGUUUGGAGGAGCAGUGGGACUUUGUUUCUACUUGGGCACCACUUUUGCAGGAGCAAUGUACAUUCUUGGGACCAUUGAAAUUCUAUUGACCUACAUUUCUCCAAGUGCUGCUAUAUUUAAAGCAGAAGAAGUUGAUGAAGAGACAGAGGCUAUGCUGAACAACAUGAGAGUUUAUGGAACCUGUAUCAUCGUUCUGAUGGCCAUAGUAGUUUUUGUGGGAGUCAAGUAUGUCAACAAACUUGCACUAGUCUUCCUUGCCUGUGUGAUUCUUUCCAUCAUUGCCAUAUAUGCUGGAGUGAUUAAGACUGCUUUUGACCCACCAGACUUUCCCAUCUGCCUCCUUGGAAACCGCACCUUGUCCAAACGCAGCUUUGAUGUGUGUGCCAAAUUCACUGAAAGCAAUAAUGAAACAAAGACUACAAAGCUUUGGAGCCUGUUCUGUGACAGCCCUUUGCUUAAUGCUACAUGUGAUGAUUACUUCAAUCUGAAUAAUGUCACAGAAAUUCAAGGAAUUCCAGGAAUAACGAGCGGAGUUCUAGCUGAUAACCUGUGGAGUGCCUAUUCAGAAAAAGGCUCAAUAGUGGAGAAAAAAGACCAUCCAUCAGUUGCUGGAUCAGAGGAGACAAAAAUGAGUGGGCUACCUUAUGUUUUCACAGACAUCAUGACCUACUUCACAAUGCUUGUAGGGAUUUAUUUCCCAUCUGUGACAGGUAUCAUGGCAGGUUCAAACAGAUCUGGAGAUCUUAAGGAUGCUCAGAAAUCUAUUCCUACUGGAACAAUUUUGGCCAUUUCAACUACAUCUUUUAUUUACCUCUCCUGCAUAGUGCUGUUCGGUGCCUGUAUAGAAGGUGUGAUACUAAGAGAUAAGUUUGGAGAAGCAGUUGAUGGAAAUCUAGUGGUUGGUACACUGGCCUGGCCUUCUCCAUGGGUUAUUGUGAUUGGUUCGUUCUUUUCCACGUGUGGUGCUGGUCUGCAGAGCCUCACUGGUGCCCCCCGUCUGCUGCAGGCCAUUGCAAGAGAUGGCAUUGUACCAUUUAUCCAAGUGUUUGGGCAUGGAAAAGCAAAUGGAGAACCAACAUGGGCUCUGCUCCUCACUGCUGGCAUUUGUGAAAUAGGGAUUUUGAUAGCCUCACUGGACAGUGUAGCACCAAUUCUUUCAAUGUUUUUUCUGAUGUGCUACAUGUUUGUCAAUCUGGCUUGUGCAGUUCAGACACUUCUACGGACUCCCAACUGGAGACCUCGCUUCAAGUAUUACCAUUGGACUCUUUCAUUCCUGGGGAUGAGUUUAUGUCUUGCCUUGAUGUUCAUUUGCUCUUGGUACUAUGCUUUGGUUGCCAUGCUAAUCGCAGGAUGUAUAUACAAAUACAUAGAAUAUAGAGGAGCGGAGAAAGAAUGGGGUGAUGGAAUCAGAGGACUGUCUCUGAAUGCAGCUCGCUAUGCUCUGCUCCGUGUUGAGGAUGGUCCUCCUCACACCAAGAACUGGAGACCUCAACUUCUGGUCUUGUUAAACUUGGACCGAGAGCAGUUGGUGAAACAUCCUAGGUUGCUUUCUUUCACCUCACAGUUGAAGGCUGGUAAAGGACUGACAAUUGUGGGCUCUGUGCUUCGGGGGAUCUACUUGGAUAAAUGUGCAGAAACCCAGAAAGCUGAAGAGAACGUUAAAGCCUUAAUGGGAGUAGAAAGGACUAAAGGAUUUUGCCAGAUCGUGGUGUCUCCCAGUUACAGAGAUGGAAUAUCCUAUUUGAUUCAGUCAGCUGGCUUAGGAGGCAUGAAGCACAACACAGUCCUGAUGGCAUGGCCACAGUCAUGGAAGCAGACAGAAAAUCGUUUCUCCUGGAAAAAUUUUGUUGACACCGUCCGAGAAACCACAGCAGCUCAGCAAGCAUUAUUGGUGGCUAAAAACAUAGACUUAUUUCCAACAAACCAAGAACGUUUCACUGAAGGAAGCAUAGAUGUGUGGUGGAUUGUUCAUGAUGGUGGGAUGCUGAUGUUACUGCCUUUCCUCCUCCGACAGCACAAGGUUUGGAGGAAGUGUAAGAUGAGGAUCUUCACUGUUGCUCAAAUGGAUGAUAACAGCAUUCAAAUGAAGAAGGACCUUCAGAUGUUCUUGUAUCAUCUUAGACUGAAUGCUGAAGUGGAAGUAGUUGAAAUGUUUGAAAAUGACAUUUCUGCAUUCACCUAUGAGAAGACACUUAUGAUGGAGCAGCGAUCUCAGAUGCUAAAACAGAUGCAGCUCUCAAAGAAUGAAAGGGAAAGAGAGGCUCAGCUGAUCCACGACAGAAACACUGCCUCACGCUCGACUCCAGCAGCCAAAGCAAGUGUGGCUUCUGCUGCUGCUGCUACUGCUGCACCAGAAAAAGUGCACAUGACCUGGACUAAAGAAAAGUUUGUGGCUGAGAAGCAUAAAAACAAAGACUCGAAUGUGUCUGGCUUUAAAGAUAUUUUCAACAUGAAGCCGAAUCAGUCAAACGUGAGAAGAAUGCACACGGCUGUGAAGCUGAAUGGAGUAGUGCUUAACAAAUCACAGCAUGCUCAGCUGGUUCUCCUCAAUAUGCCUGGACCCCCUAAAAACAGAAAAGGGGAUGAAAACUACAUGGAGUUUUUGGAAGUUCUGACAGAAGGUCUGGAUAGAGUACUCCUAGUCCGAGGCAGUGGCCGUGAAGUGAUCACCAUUUAUUCAUAACCUCUUUGCACAUUUUGUUCAACAUCCCCCCCGAAAAAAACCCCACCCCCAACCCCCACCCCAGACAACAAACAACAAAACAGUUCCCCCUAAGCACACCAAAAGAGCCAAAACCCCAAACCAAAGCAGAGACUUAAUUAUUUGCUGUAAUUUGUGCAACUUCCAAGAUCACUGCAAACCAACCACAGGCAGCAUUUUCUGAUGAUGCUUUCUGUUUCCUCUAGUACAAAUUUAUCUUUAGAUUAUCUUUUAAGAUAGGGUUUUACAUAGACAAUAUUUCUGUAGUGCAUUGAUGGUGACUGGGGUAGGAUAUUUCUGUGUAUCAUAUUCUGGCCCUUGUUGAACUGUAGUGACAGACAAGGAAGGGAAUAGCGACGCAACACAGCUGCGUGAGCAACUUCUCCUGGAGAUGCAGAAGAGAGAUUGAAAACAUCCACAGGGAAAGGGACUAGGAAAAGCUGUGGGCUUCCUCCUUUGCCAAAGUGCUGCUUUGUUGCUUCUGUUGGGACGAGUCCUAGCGCAGAAGAGUUCUCUCAGACCUGGAUCCAACCACUCCCAUUUGUGUAUUGUGUGCAUAAAGUGUUCCCCCCAGCCUCACGAUUUGCCACCCUUGUUUUAAAUGCUGUUUCUCUAUUUAAUGUGCUUAGGUAGCUGAGACCUCCAGGUGACAGUGAUUGUGAAGUGACAGGUUGGGGAGGGGAGGUGGGGGGUGGUUGGUUUGGUUUUUCCUCAGCAGCUACUGGCAGUUCUAGCCUGUUGUACAAUGACACUGGUGACACCUACGAGCAUCCAGCUCAUGGCAAGUCUGGGAUGCAGAAGCUCAACCUCAUUGCAGGUAGAAGUGUAACAACUGCUAAAGCACAGCAAGUUGGUUGGGGAAGUGCAGUCUCUUGUUCUCAGAUGUGUCUCGAUUGAAAAUGUUGUCUGUAUGUGCUGCUGUCAAACAUCUGCUUUUCUGAACUGAA